CCACCCCAAUCCAGAACUAGAAAGUAGAAAGUUCUUUCGUUGUUUGAACAUUUAAAAAAGAAAAGGAAAAAGAAGUAGAGACAUAACGAACCGGAACGCUGUCCGACAAACCGUGCCCAAUUUAGUUAGUACGGGAAAACGGUGUUGUCGCGAUGACGGAGUCUGUCAACAGCAAUGGCCAAUCCGGACCCUAGAUUCCGGUCAUCAGUUUCUCAAGAAAUUGGCCAUGGCCCUUGGCUAUUGGAGGCCACUGUUGCCCCUCCUAUGCUUAUCGUGUCUGUUACUCUACGAGGAGUGGGCUUCAAUUUCGUCUUGCAAGAUCGUGCCCGGCAAGGAUCCCGAUGACUAUUCUAGGGGCAAAGUGGAGGCAAGCUCGGACGACCUGAAGGUGAUGAUAGUGGCCAAUUUGCACUUGCAGGGUUCCGAGGCUGGCCUUUUCGAUCUCUAUUUCAGGGACUACUACUUGUCCAAAUUCUUUAGGAAAUCUUUCCAAAGUUUGAAUCCUGAUAUGCUGAUAGUUUUGGGAGAUGUUUCUGCAAGAGGAUCAGAGUUGACAAAAAGUAAAUGGGUAUCUGUGCUUAAUCAGUUUCACAAAAUGCUGGGACCCUUUCUUGGCCUUCCUUUUCACGUUGUCUUGGGUGACAGGGAUAUAGGAGAAUGUGGUGAGCUUGAUGCAAAUUUUGUACAGUUGCUAGCUGCAAGUUUUCCUGGGCUGGAUUCUGCUGGUUGUGGUGCUUUUGAAAUUAGCAAUACUACUUUCGUCUCAGUUAAUGCUGUGGCAUUGCUUUGUGACAACAAUGAAUUCCGGUUUAGUGUAGAAAAAGUGAUAGAGAGGGAAAGCAUAGAUCUGCAAAUGGAAAAUGAAGGUGCAGCCGGCAUAAUCAAUGAAUUCCAUAAUUUCAGAGAAACAUCUCAUCACUUUGAGUUGAGAGAAAAUGACGUGUUACCGGGAUCUGGCCCUGUCUUAUUGCUUCACUUUCCCUUGAACCGCAGAGCCGAUUACCAUUGUAAUGGCGGGCGCAAUGCCUGGAGUGUUUCUAGACAUUCACAGCAGAAUUUUAAAAAAUGUGACAGCAGGCAAUUCAUUGGCGCUGGACCCUAUGACUUGUUGCAAACUGUUCCUGCAAAUGCUACUGAAUAUAUUUUUCAGGCUCUGAGACCAAGGUUCAUUUUCAGUGCCCACAGCCAUGAAUUUUGUGAUAUCACUCAUUCAGAUGGGACUCGUGAGAUAACCGUUCCGGCCAUGACAUGGAAAGCAAAGGAUGAUCCUGGAUUCGUUGUCGCCACCUUUGGCAAGGACAGAAAAGGAGUGAGUGUUAGCUAUUGCGCUCUUGCUAGGGAAUCUCAUGUUCUGGCAACCUAUACUACUCUUUUGGUUUCAUUUGUGGUGUUAUGGUUUAUAUCAAAAGCCCCUCAUUCUGGAUGUUUGAGACGAUAGCAGCAGAUUCUUGCUUUGUACAAUUUUUUGUGCAUUAAUCAUUGUAUAAAUUUUUUUUCCUGCCGACAAAAGAUGAAAGUCUUUUUUCUUUUUUACUUUUCAAAUAACAUGGAACCAUUCUUCUC